UUCAACACAAAUGAAUAUGGAACGCACAAAUGCACUCCCGAGCCAGCAAGCCCUUGCUUCACUAAUGAAGCAUCACGCAACGGGAAGUGAAGUUGCCAGAUCAUCACGCGGACGAGUCUCAGAAGACGAAGCGUUGAUGAUAAAGGUAGACAGCUCCCCCGGAUCCUGUGUUGCUAAGGAGAUUCACGUCCAUCACCAUGAAGUGGACAAUACAAUCCUUGACAACAUGAAAGCUCGAUCGAAAUCCACCCUGAAAGAUUUCAACCAUGCAACGUUUCAUCCUACAAAAUCUGUACAAGCUGCAAGAGAACACCUUCACUAUGGCUACGUAUGCUUGGAGGGCAAACCCAAAUCAGGAAAGUCAUCCAUUGGCCUGUAUCUACUGGCUACUUUUGGAGAUAAGAAUUACACACCACUCAUACUCAACAACCCUGAAGAAUAUUCACAUAUUUCUCAGAAAGAAAAAAUGGUGGUUUUAAUCGAUGACAUUUUUGGAUCAAGGGUGUUUAUGCCAGAGAUGGUGAUUCGCUGGAAUAAAGUUCUUCAAAAUAUGCUUCAUGCUAAAAGCACCGGUAGGAUAUAUCUGAUUGUGACAAGUGAAAAUGGUUUCCUUGACAGAAGUCAUGCCUUAGUUAGUUUUGACGACUUUUUGGACAAGACUCACAGAGUGCAACUACAAAAUCCUGAUCUGUUGUUGAGGGACUAUGAAAAAUUUGCUAUUCUUGAGAAGUUAGCUUCUUUCAAACGACUGACACAAGAUUGUAGAAUACUGGCUUCUGUUGUCAAUGCAAGCAAUCACCCCUGGUUUUUUGACUGCUGUAAAUAUUUAUCAAAGAAAAAACUACCAUUGAAAGAAUGGGCAAUGUUCUUCAGACAUCCACUGGCAGUUCUCUGUGAACACAUAGCUAAGCUUGAUCCAAUCAAGACUGCUCUGCUGAUCUUGAUAAUGAAAUACAGUCACAUUUUGGACUCAGACUUCUCAUCACCGAGUGAUGGGCAAAUAGAUUUAACAGCUUCAUUUGAUAUCCUCUCUAGAAUCCUGGACCUGCCCCGUGGGUCUGAGCUGAAGGACAUGCGAAAUGCAGCCCAAUCUUUGAAUGGUGACUUGGUCGUGUAUCGCGAAAAACAUUAUUGUUUUGCUCAUGAUGCAGUUCGAGAUGCUGUAUGUUUCACCUUCUCAAAGAUCGCCCCUGUAUACUUCAUACAAUGGUGUCCAUUAGGCUAUUUGAUUUGUCAUACUGUAACAGAAGCCACUGAAAGUCAAGGAGCUCAUUCAGUGAAGAUUGACAGUAAUUUGUUUCAGAACCUGAAAGACAGAAUAGUCCAGGACUUUACAAAAGAUCUUAUAGAGCAUGACGUUUUCAAAGAUGAGACGUUUGUGUGUCUGUUCUUCCAAGACAAUCCAAUAUUGGAUGAUGUAGAAACAAUCAAUGCAAUGGCGUCCUCAUGUGCUAAACAUGGUCAUGCGUUUUCUCUCACUCAAAUUCUUCUCUUUAUGGCAGGGUUUGAAGAACUUGAACACAUCAAGCAUGAAGCUUUAGAAACAGCAUGUUCAUUUCAACAGGCAUCAGUGGCUGAUAUCCUUUUGGACGCUAAUACUAAACCAUGUGAUGUUUGUUUUAUGAAAGCAUGUGAUGGACAGAUGUUAAGCGUUGUCAAACGUUGUUUGAGCACAGGACCCCUUUCUUGGUCCAAAAAUGUGGUAGCAUUAGUAAAUGCUCUCAGAAACACCAACUGUGUCACAGAUAUCACUGCAGUGUCACAAAAUGUCACAAACUGGAAUGUUGAAGGCACAGCGCUUGUCAUGAUGACAACUGUGUGUGAAACUGGAAACUGGGAAUUGUAUCAUGUCAUCAACGAAAGCCAUAUAGAUGGCACCCUUGCCUGCCGUGAUCUUUUGCCUCAUGCAAUCUGGGGAGGUAAUCUUCUCAUAGUCUGUGACUUGAUUAGGAAGGAUCCCAAUAUUCUGACUGUGGACAAUGGUGAGUCUGCUUUCUUCAUGGCAUGUCGUUGCAACAAAGUGGAACUUGUGAGAUUGAUUUGGGAUGAAUAUACGGUCACAUCUAGGAGCCAAAUCUAUGAAGAGGGCAGUUCUUCUUUGAGGGCUUUACAGAUCGCUGUUUUAGCCAGCUCUGAAGACUUGGACUUGCUGAAGUGGCUGCUCAGUGAAGGUUUCCCAGUCAAUGCAUGUGGAGGUUCAUCCAGAACUCCACUGCACACAGCCUGCAGUGAAGGAACUGUUGGAGUCGUUAGGUUUCUCUUGGACAGACAGGCAGACGUAUCAGCUGUUGAUGAGGAUGGAAAUACGAUGUUGCAUCUUGCGUGUGGAAGGGAUGACACAAGCAAAGACAUUAUCAGACUUCUCAUUGAAAGUGGGGCCAACAUUUCAUCUUUAAACAAGGAGAACAAAACACCUUUACAUGUCUUGUGUGAAAAACGUCAUGAUUCACGAUCAGUGGUAAUCAGUGAUCUCUUGGAAUGCGAGGCCCCCGUCAAUUCUUUGGACAUGCAUGGACGCACGCCCUUGUAUCUCUUACUGGACGGAGGAUUCUGCUUGGAGGAGGUAGAACUCCUGAUAGACAAUGGAACCAAGGUGGGAUUGAAAGAUCAUUUUGAAGAAACAGCAAUUCAUGUUGCCUGUAGAAGUUCUAACUGUACUGCAGUAAAGAUGAUACUAGCGAAUGGCGGAGUUUUGCAGGCUAGAGAUCAGCAUGGCUUGUCUUGUCUUCAUCAUGCAGUGUCCGUUAUGAACAAUGGGGAUGUAGUGAAAUACCUCCUUCAGCAUGGCCUACAGGUAAAUACAGUUGACACUAAUGGUAACACCCCCCUACACUCAGCAGUUCAAGUUCCGUUCAACGAAAUGGUGGUGGAAUUAUUGGUGGCGAUGGGAGCAGAUUCAACACUGACAAACCAAGAAGGUUAUGCUCCUCUUCAUCUUGUGUGCAUGGACUCCCUUGCUCACAGUCUGGAGUAUGUGAGUGUUCUCAAGACCAAAAACCGCUUACAUACAGCAAAGGAGAGUAAUACCCCACUGCAUCUGGCUUCUAUGUCAUUUGGUGAAUCUGCCCCGAGUGUUGUUAAAGAACUGCUGGAUUCAGAUGCUAAUGUUUCAGAGAGGAACGCAUCUGGCAAGACUGCUCUACAUAUUGCUUGUGAAAGGUCCGAUGGACCAGGUUGCUCUGUGGCAGAGGCAUUAUGCGCCAAGAAUGCUGAAUUAGACUCCCAAGACAUUGGAGGGGACACACCACUUCAUCUGGCUUGUCUAUCAGAAGGAGAUAGCCGACUUCGCAUGAUUGAGUUUUUGAUCAACCAAGGUGCAAAAGUCAACAUUGGGAAUGGCCAACACCUUUCACCUAUUGACAUCAUAGAAGAUCGGAAUGAUAAAAGAGAAAUCUUGAUGCUAAUGACCGACAGCAUGUUGAAUCAGGCUUGUCUUGGGAACGGCAGGUACACAAUGGAGGAAGUAGAAGAUGCGCUAUCAAAGGAAACUGACUUAUCACUACUUGACAAAGAACUAAGACCAGUACUGCACAGAAUAUGCAGUUUCAACGGACAACACAGCCCUACCAUUAUUAGUAUGCUUCUUCAGCAAGGAGCUGAUAUAGCUGCAAAAGCAAAAGAUGGCAUAACAGCUCUUCACUCAGCAUGCAUGGCCAUUGGUCCCUUUACAGAACUGGUUCUGGAGACUCUUAUCCGUUCCGGAGGGGACGUAAAUGAAAGAGAUGACCAAGGACAAACAGCUUUUCACAAAGCUUGUACACUACAGGACGUCCACACAGAGAAUGUGCUUGGGAAGCUGCAACAGUAUGGCAUUGAUGUGAACAUGCCAGAUGGACAUGGUAAUACCCCUCUACACUUGGUUUGUAGUUCUACUGGAGGACACAUCCGGCAUCGUAUCCAGUGGCUUCUAGAACAAGGUGCUGACUGGCAAUACCAGAACCAUGAUGGACAUACACCCUACGACAUAGCAAACGAUGAGAUUAGAACAGUAUUAAUGAAUCUGGUCUUGCUGAAGUACUGUGAAACAUCUGCUUUCUUUGAAACUGAUGUGAUUGCUGGAAUUGUACAGAAAGGGGCAGACGUAAACUGCCAAAACAAUGACGGUGACACCAUUCUACAUGUGGUUACUCAAAAUCAUGGAGAGUUUGCAUUUGAACAUAUUUCGCUAAUGCUGUCACUUGGGUCUGACAAAGGAUUACUAAAUAGUGCUGGAAUGACAGCAUAUGAAGUGGGUAUAGAUGUGGGGAUUGAUGAAGACGCCUUGCAACUGCUUUGUCCUGAUGAACAGGAUUGUUCGGGCCCUAAUGAAGAAGGUGCUUGUGGUGGAUCAGAAGAGUCAAAGAAAGUGGAUGUUGACCAUUUAGAAAAAUUAAAAAGCACAGCUAUGAACUUUAGAGAUUUAUUGGGAGAACCACGCACAGCUCGGUUAGUUGAGUGCACUGCUGACAUGCUCGGAUCGGCGGCGUCAUUCGUUUCCAAAUGGGUGAAAAAAUCUUAAGCAGGCAUUUAACCGAUCGCCAUGCAGAUAUUAGAGAGGACUGCAUCCAUACAACAACAAAACUAUGAUAUGUUUCUGAAUUGAAAUACCGAUACGCCUUUUCAUUUUUCAUUCCCUAAUCUUCUUGUGCAUGGGAAUGCGAUUGUGUUGAUUAAGAUGACAUAUUUGUCAUCUCAUCUUGAAACUCAAUGAGAACUCCAAGUUUACAUACCCUCGAAGAUAAAGACAAAGUCAACAAGUGUUCAAGAGAUACCUUGCGAAUAAUUUGAUUUAUUGACAAACAUUUCAGACAGAUUUCAGCGGGGUAAGUGAACUCUUCUAGACGAUUGUAAGGAAUCAUCAUAAUUUUGUUGGAAUGAAAUCUGAAUUUAGAAGUUUCGCAAUCUACUGAAAAGUUGACAGAUACAAACUUCCUAAUAUAAAACAUCAACGCUGGAGUUCAACCAUUCUCGAUCAGCCACAGGAAAAGAUUUUAUCAGGCAUUAACCACAAAGCAGUUGUGAAACGUAUACGAAUGGAUCACUGAAAACAGUUGAUGAUGUAGUGAAUGAUAUCAGUUUUACAAAAGAGAAGUGAGGAAUGAUGAGCUAGCAACAUUCCUCCUGAUUCUAAAGGUCACAAGCUUGGUAAUACAGUCGUG